AUGAAGUACUCUCAGCAGGCGGAGUUUGAGCGGAACUGCGUCCGCGUGGCUGUCUUUGAGAAUGUGCCAAUUGGAGUGUACAAUGGCAGUAUGAAGGCGCGAGAGAUCAUCAACAGCAAUCUGGCAAAGUACGGCAAGGCGGUGGAGUUGGCGGCCAAAGAGGACGUCAGACUGCUCGUCUUCCCCGAGGACAGUCUGCUCAACUCUGAACGCUUCUCCCGACAAGCGCUGAUUGAGGACAUUCUCGAGGAGAUGCCCUCGCCGGAAAAGGGCGGCCGGCUGGUGAACCCCUGUCUGGAAAUGAGUACCCGAGAGUCGGUGCUUCGGACGAUGAGCUGCCUUGCCCGAGAGCACCAAAUGUACCUUGCUUACAGCUUCGGCGACAAGGUGCCCUGCGCUGGACCCGGCUGUCCGCCGGACGGCCACUACCUCUACAACUCCAUUGCCCUGCUCGACGACGGGGGGAACUUCGUGGCGAAGUACCACAAGAUGCAGCUGUACUACGAGUUUCACUACAACAUCCCCUCCGACUGCCCGGGCCACUUCAACCCGGUAGUUACCUAUGAUGCGCCCUUCGGUCGGCUGGGCUUCCUCGUUUGCUACGACCUGCUCUUCCACUCGCCCGGUGUGGAGCUGGUGGAGCAGUACCAAGUGGACACCAUCAUCUACGCCACCUACUGGUUCAACUAUGUGCCCUUUGUAGGGGGCGUGCAGAUGCAGCAGGCCUUCGCCAUGCGCCACAAGGUCAACUUCCUCGCCUCGGACGUGCAGACGGACGAGGGCCCCAACUUGGGCCUGGGCAUCUUCUCCGGCCGCCGGGGCGCCCUCGCCUACAGCAACAGUCCUGACGGCGACUCGAAGCUAGUCAUCGCCACUAUUCCGCAGAAGAGCGGCCAUCCAAAGGCGGCAAAAACUUGCCCUGCCCACCCCAAAAAG